AUGACGAAAAUCGACAACACCAUCAGCUCCGGGUUCAACCUCGGAAACGAGCUCGACUACAUGCUAGACCGAAGCUACACCGCGGCAUCCCGACUAAACUACCAGUUCUACCUCUGGAAAGACACCCUCCAAUUCAACCUCCAUCCGUCCAUCCAACUGCGAAAGGAUGAUUCUACUCCUCUCUGCAUUGCUGACCUAGCCACGGGCACAGCCAUCUGGCUCCUGGACCUCCUCCGGAAUCCUGCAGUAACCCAGUACACAUCCAUCCAGCUGGAUGGCUUCGACAUCGACCUGACAAACGCCCCUCACCCCGAAUGGCUCCCGCCGCCCAUCACACUCCGCCAGCUGAACAUCUUUGAUAGCGUCCCCAGCGACCUCCGCGGCAAAUACGACGUAGUCCACCUCCGCCUGCUAGUCCUCGUCGUGCAGAACAGCGACCCCCUCCCAAUCAUCGACAAGGUGCACCAGAUGCUCAAGCCCGGCGGCUACAUCCAGUGGGACGACCUGAACUACCCAGACAGCAAGGUGGUGAAAAGCAAGGCCAUGAGUGACGUGGCCACCCCGGCGCACAAUGCCUUUCUUCGAUUCGCACAGUCGAAUGGGCGCAAUGACUGGGUCCUCGAUCUCCCUCAUCAUCUGAUGUCGCGCCAUGGUGGGUUUGAGAAUGCGCAAUUAGCCAGCUACACGGACCGGCCGGAGUUGUGGAAGGCGAAUGGGGACCAGUACAUUCUGGUCAUGGAGGAGUUUUCAGCUCGGCUUAAACGUGCGGGGCAAUUUGAGGAUGCAGUAACGCAGAAGCAGCUGAAGAUGUCGAUCGACACAUCUGUUUGGUACAAAAAAGACAUUGGGCCCCGGCUCAGCCCAUCCAUGCGUCAGAUCCUAGAAGAAUGGAGCAACAUUCCCAGUGAGGAGCUGGAGCAUCAUCUUCAUGCAGUGCGCGACAAAGCAUGGAAGUACGGCGAAUAUCCCUGCAUCGGCCUAUGGAUGUUUCUCCUACCGGGCAUCGCCGCAUUCCCCCAAUUCCCGCGAGUGGUUGAGCUGGCGCGCCAGGGAGGGGCCGUGCUAGACCUCGGGUGCGGCCUCGGCCAGAAUCUUCGACUCCUGGCGGCUUCUGGGGUUCCUUCCGAUAGAAUGUGGGCGCUCGAUCUGAGUCCGGAAUUGUGGCAUUUGGGGUACGAGCUCUUUCGGGAUCGCGAUCGAUUGUCGGCAACGUUUAUUCCGGGCAACUUUCUACAUGAAGAUGACUGUCUUGGUCUGCAGGAGCUGUACGGGAAGGUGGAAAUCAUGAUUUCUGGGCAGUUCCUUCAUCUCUUCUCCUGGGAGGGACAAAAACAGGCAGGCAAGCGCAUCGUGGCCCUGUCCAAGCUUGGGACCGUCUUGAUCGGAUAUCAGCAGUUACGGCACCGAGCCCGGGAGUAUCUUCGUCCAUGGGGGAUGAUGUUCUACCAUAGCCUCGAGAGUUUCCAGCAGAUGUGGCAGGAGAUUUCCCACGAGACUAGCACCGAGUGGAAGGUGGAAGCGACGGUGGUCGAGUUGAAGGAAUGGGGAAUGGAAGGGGAGGACAGUGAGUGGAUGCCAGCAGAUCACCAGGGGCUCAACUUCUUUCUCACUCGAGUGCGUUAG